AUGUUACUCCACUUCUAUUGGUGAGCUACUUGCAGUUUGAGCGUUACAAUGAGCUACCGAAUUUUACGUUGUUCGUGUUAUGUAAAAAGGGCAUUAUGCAUAAGGUUGAACACUCCGAAGAGCAAACGCAAUAUGUUUGUUCACAAAAAAAACAAUAGUAAUUAUAAAAUAGCAUCAUUCUUCUCAUUGUCCAUAAGUUUAUUUGGAUUUGGUUUGAAAGAUGAUGAAACUCCUGAGGAUAAACUUACUAACACUAUUAAACGUGCUAUUAUGAGUAUAAAUAACCAACAGUAUGAGAAAGCUGAACAGAUAUUACAUUUAGCUUUACGAAUGGCGCAGGACCUGCAGAGUAGAGAUGGGAUAACAUACGUAUACGAUGUUAUGGCUAAUCUUGCUUUGGAGAGAGAACAAUACGAAAAAGCUGAAAAAUUGUUUUCAGAAGUGAUGAAAAGGUUAUUAGAAGAAGGCUACCAGGAAGACAACCUUAAGGUUAUUCACAUCAGUUUAAAACUUGCGAACAUAGCGCAUCAUCUGGGCAAAGUAGAAAAAUCAAUGCUAGGAUUUAACUGGACUUUACCGAAAAUAGAGAAACGAGCUGAAUCAAAUCCCGAUGAUGUUGAAAUUAAAGAAAUAUUUGGAUUAGCAAAAUACUGGUUUGGUCAACUACUUAUAAAAACCAAUGAAUAUGAAAAGGCAAGACUUCAGUUAAUUUCCGCUUAUGAGUGCUUCAUUGAAAUUUAUGGCUUCAAAAACACGGAGAGUAUAACAAUUUUAAAUGACUUAAGCGUGGCAUGCGCAAAGUUAAAUAGACUCUCUGAAGCAAAAUCUUACAUUUUAACUGCAAUAAGACUAGCAAAAGUAUCUGAUGACUAUCAACAAGAAGCUAUACUUCAAAUCAACUUAGGUUUAAUCCUUUUACAAGAGGGGUUACUAAAUGACGCAAAACUGCAUUGUUCUCAAGCUUGGCGAUUGAGCAAAGAAACAAAAGAUUAUUCAGCAGUCAGACAAGCCGAAAUUUGUUUAAAUCAAAUAAAAAUACACGAGGUGAAACUCGAAAAAUAAACAAAUUACUAAACAGAAACUGAGCAGGGGGUUAAUUCUAGUUCUAUGAAAACGUAAAAUGAAAACGUUUCCGUUUCCGAUUCGAGUUCUACGAAAACGCACAAACAUAUGUUUUUAUUCUUUCAUGUGAAAGGAACGAUACAAAGUGAAACUUGUGUUUUCAUAUUAUGACAAAGUAAGCUAUUUCGAUUCUACGCAAUCAUGAAAAUUAAAUCAAAAAUAUUUUUUUAAAUAAAUUAAUUCUGUGAAAAUGGAAAAAUCGGUCCGUGUCGAAAGAGUCUCAGAAGAACAAAAGGAAUUUGUAAUAAAUUUCCUUGAAGAAGUAAGAAUAAUUUUACAAAAAAAUUAUGUGCGUGAAGAUAAAAACGAAUUUAACUAGCGAAGACUUAAACAGAUCAAAUACUGUAUAACAGUUAUAAUUCUCAGUGUAACAGAUUGGUGUGAAGUUAAAAACAAAUUUAAAUACUGGAUAACUACAAACUGAUAAAUUUAAAAAAAAUUUAAUAUACUAAAUAAAAUUCUCUGUAAAGUUAGCGAUCUUGAAGAGCCUGUACUGUCUACUCCAUGGAACCCAUAUUACUAUUUGUUUUUAGGCUUACCUUUUUUUUGCCUUCGAGCCUUUUUAUAGUUUAAUAAAAAUAUUUUUUGUUUAA